CAAGUGAACUAGUGAACGAGCAUCGUGGUUGGUGGGAGUAUCGCUGUCCCGCCUAUUAUUAGUUCUAAUAAUAUCAUCAUAUUUGUCUUCUUACACAGCUCUAUUUCCUCAGAACUGGAGUUUUAGUGAAUGAACUCUUGAGGACGUGAAGGUCGCACAGGUUUGAGGCUUUGAGCAGACUAAUCUUUGGCAAAACAUGAAGACUUGAGUAAGCACUUGUGACUGGACCACUGCAAAUUCUAGUGAACUUGUGCUUUAUAGAACCAUAGAACUCCUUGUCUUUUUACUUGGAAAAAUUGAGUACUUUUUUUUUGAACAAUGAAAGUGAAUGAUGGAGAACAUUUUGUCAGCAAAUCAAAAAUAAAGUCAAUGAUAUGAUUUCUGCAGUAGUUAAGGUGGAUAAUAUCGAGGAAUUUUUAAGAAAAAUGAUUAAUGUGCUGAGAGUACAUUGUGGUGAGUAAUUUCAGAACAGCAUUAACAACCAAGGAAAUAGAAAAUGGUUGGCCUCAAUGUAACUCAUCACAUGGUGGGAUGAAUAUUGCACUUAGUGCAUCAAGAUGGCCUGAAAUUUGCAAGCUAAUGCUUCGAUUAUCAGCAUUGUAGACCUGAAAGUUUCCAUUUAAAUAGGAGGAACUGUAAUUUCUCUUAAAAUAUCAGUGAACUUUGGAUUAGAAUCACAGAUUCUUCAAAAAUGCAGAGGGAUACAAGAAUGUUGGGAAAUUCCAGAAUGUUUAGUGAUUCAAGGAUGCCAGGUGCUUCAAGAAUGUUGGGGGAUUCUCGAAUAUACGGAGGUUCUGAGAUGCAGGGAAACUUCCGAAUGUUGGAGGGCUCAAGAAUACCAGGGAACUCAAGACAGCAUGGAGGAUUAAGAAUGCAAGGAGAAACACGAAUGUAUCCUGACUCAAGAAUACCAGGGGAUAUGAGAAUGUUGGGUGACUCUAGAAUGUUUCCUGAAUCCAGACUACCUGGAGAGAGAGACAGCAGCUUGUAUCUGGAAUCAAGAUUACAAGGAAAUUCAGGAACACUUGGAAAUUCUAGGAUGCCGGAUGUUGUAAAAAUGUAUUCAGAGUCAAGAAUGCAGACUGCUCCAGGGAUACAAGAUGGCAUAAGAAUGCCACCAGAUUCAAGAAUGCAGGGGGACUUCAGACUGUAUUUGGAUUCCCGAAUGCAGGGCCAACCAAGAACUGGAUUGAAUAAAAAUAUUUGUGAUUAUAAUCACAGAUCUGCUACUGAUAUUGAUUCUUCAUUCAGAGGGCUCCCUUCUCAGCCUAAUACAAGAAUGAAUCCCCAAGAUGACAUUGGACAAGGAAGGGGUGGAUACUCGUCACUAGCUAGUGAAGAACCAAAAUCCAAUACUUCUGAUAUGUCUCUCCACUCAACAGGUAGUCAUAAUCCUAUAAAAAAAAGCAUGGACCUUUUGUUUAAUGCUACUAAAAACUUUGGCUCAACAAGAGGAUAUAAUUCAAGUCAUCUACUUGCACCUAGUUUGACAUCGACAGGUGGACCACAAAAUAUGGAAGGGGGUAGGGCUUUUAUAAGCAGGGGAGCACAACAGCGGGGUAAAAGUUCAAAAGCAUUUGACUACCUGAGGUCUUGGAGGUUGAAGAUGAAUAUGCCAACAGAUUCAUUUAUGGUUGAGAAAGGAAUACCAUUGGUUGGCCAACAGCAAAAUGAUACACCAUUUAGCUCUCCUCAUUCCCAUCUACAUAAUGACAACUAUACACAGAAUACAGCUAUCUCAAGUAGAAUGGCAAGACCAGAUAAUACAGUGGACUGGGAUUUCUCUAGCAACUCAUUUUCUGGAGGAGGUUCAUUUGGAGAGAGAUCAGUGGCUAGAUUUGGGGAACUCAGAGGAAAUAUUCAUGCAGACUCCACGUCACAAACCUUUCAUGAUAUAGAUAGAAUGGAUGAUUCAACUUGGAAGUGGGGUUAUGAAGUACCAGAUACUCAAAAUUCUGCCCAAAAAAGAAGCUAUGACCUCUCAUUAGGUCAUUCUGUUUCUCGAGAAUAUGGCGAGUUUUCCAUGCAACCCGAUUCCCUGAAAGCUAAAAGGCCAAAAUUGUCCCCACCAUUUAUUCAGGGAGGUAGUGGAGAAUAUUCAGAACAUUACACAGAUACACCUACAGAUUAUGGAAUGCCUCCUCAGAGCAAAACCCCAGUUUGUGAUGAGCAAUAUGUAGAUUUUAAAGCAGAGCCCAGUGGUGAUUAUUAUUCCCCUAAUAAUGCCCCAGGAUUUUGGAAAACCUCAUCUUUUCCAAGGAAACAUUCCCCAGAUACUGGAAGAUUAACAAGGCCUUCAUUUGACCAGGGAGAUCCUAAUCAGUCUUCAAGGCAUAGAUCACAUUCAUCUGAUAUGAGAGGAUCUCUACAUAGAGGGAGAUCAAUGGAAAUCCAUUCACAACGCAGAAAUAGUAGAGAAAAGUCCCUAGAACUAUCAGCACGAAGAAGGUCACCCAGACCUCAGGCUCGGGGGAGGUCUCCAGGUCCGUCUUCUUUAGUGAGGUCAUCAGGUCCAGUAACUAGAGGCAGGUCACCAGGUCUGUCAUCAAGAGGAAGAUCUCCAAAACCAUCCACAAGAGGAAAAUCUCCUGGCCCUCCAGUAAGAGGAAGAUCUCCAGGUCAUACUACAAGAGGAAGAUCUCCAGGUCAUAUAGCAAGAGGAAGAUCUCCUGGUCAUGUAGCAAGAGGAAGAUCUCCAGGUCAUUCAGGACGAGGAAGAUCGCCUGGUCAUUCAGCAAGAGGAAGAUCUCCAGGUCAUUCAGCAAGAGGAAGAUCUCCAGGUCAUUCAGCAAGAGCAAGAUCUCCAGGUCAUUCAGCAAGAGCAAGAUCUCCAGGUCAUUCAGCAAGAGCAAGAUCUCCAGGUCAUUCAGCAAGAGCAAGAUCUCCAGGUCCUUCUGCAAGAGGAAGAUCUCCAGGUCCUUCUGCAAGAGGAAGAUCUCCAGGUCCAUCUGCAAGAGGACGAUCUCCAGGUCCUUCUGCAAGAGGAAGAUCUCCAGGGCUUCCAUCGAGAGGCAGGUCUUCAGAACAGCCUGCUGGAGUAAGGUCUCCAAGAUAUUUAGCUAGGGGAAGAUCACCAGGAUCAUAUACAAGAGGAAGAUCCCCAGGACCAACAACAGGAAGAAGAUCUCUUGGACCUUCUGCAAGAGGAAGAUCUCCAGGACCUUCUGCAAGAGGAAGAUCUCCAGGACCUUCUGCAAGAGGAAGAUCUCCAGGACCUUCUGCAAGAGGAAGAUCUCCAGGACCUUCUGCAAGAGGAAGAUCUCCAAGACCUUAUGAGUCUUCAAAACACUAUGGAUUAGAAAAGAUUGAAAGGUCACCAUUAUUUGAAGAAGUUUCAUUGUCACCAAGACCUAGUAAGUUUUGUUCUUUGGGACAUAGAGGAUCACAAAGCUUAAGAUCUCCUCAGAUGAGGAGGAGGAGGAGGUCGUUGUCAUCAGACAACCUUCAAAGAGGUUGUUCCCCAGUUUCAGCACAGUCUGUGGUGGAAUAUGCAGUCGAUCACAAUCCUUUCUCCAGAGACAGAUCUCACAUGGGCUCACCGAGGACUUCUCAUCAUUCUCGGAGAAGCCCAUCACAACAGAAUUCUCCACCUUUACAUCGAGGUUGCUCCCCAGUUUCACCGGAGGGUUAUUCACAGUCAAAAGGAAGGGGUAACCCUAGUAGGAAUGUAGGAAGAAUUCCAGAGAAAACAAGGAUAGACUCUGAAGUUGGGGUCCGUGAUGAACUUGAUCCAUUAAACAAUAAGAUGUGGAAUGAACGAGAUCUAAGCUAUAACAAGAGUGAUAGUGCUGAGAAAGGUAUUAAUCCCAGGAGGAGUUGGACAGGAAGUAAUAUACAUGAUGCCAUUGUUCCUCCAAGUGGAAGUAAGACGGAUGAAAAGCGUUCAGAAAGUGAUAGAUCAGGGACAGACACAAAAAUAUGCACUGGCUUUGAUGGAACUCCAGAGAGAGAUUCACACCAAAAAAGCAAAGAAGAAGAAGAUGAUGAAGAUUUGAGAGUUCACCUAUUACGUCUUCGAGAACAAAAGGUUGAACUAAAGUUGAAGAAAUUGGAAGAGGAAAGCAUUGAAACAGAGUUCAAGUUGUGGCAGUUACAGAGGGAUGAAAGUUCAGGGAGACAAGAUAAAGUGCACCGAAAGCAUGAUGAAGAUCCUUAUCACACCAGAGGAAAGGGAAGUGUCUCUCCACGUCCUCGGGACCAUGGACGCUCUCCUAUUUCAAGUGGACACCGAGACAGGCAUACAUUGAAACCCCCCUACAGGAAACAAAGAUACUAAGGAAUUCAUUUGUGGUACAAACUGAUGGAGAUGUGUAUUAGUUCAUUGAAGUCCACAAAAUAACAUCAAGGUGACACAUUUUGACUUUGACCGAAGAGCUUUUUGUUGGAAAUUUUCUUCAAAAGUGGGUGUGUCAUUUGACUGCAAAAUAGCAUUGCUUUAUUUUCUACAUAUUCUCUGAAGUGUUGACAAAGUAGAGAAAUGCCUAUACAGUGUAGUUACACAAAGGAAAAGUGUUUAUGAACACUUUGAAUAAAUUGUAAGAUUUGAAAAGGAUAUACAGUAUGUGAACAGAGGGUGAAUUACUAUAUAUAAACUUGGAAACUGGAAGAAUAUAAUGGUAUUUCAGAACAUUGGAGAAGGAUAAGAUUAUAAAGGUGGGGAAAAUUAAAUUUGAACAGCUGGUGAAAUUAAAAAUUUGAAAAGGGAAGAAAAAUAUGUAUUUGAGAAAAUUUUCAAACUUUGGGAAAAAAAAGUGAAGAAAAAGAUGUACAGGUAUUUGAGAAAACAUAUGUGAAGUAUCAGAUUUAAGAAUUGAAAAUAAGUGUGUUUAUGAACAGCUGGUGAAGCAUGAGAUCAUAUAUGAAGGUAAUGCAAGAAGGCCAACUUAGUAACCAGGUAGUGAGGAGUCAGUGAAGGCCACCAACUCAAGAAUUUCCAUUUGAACUCUUUGAGUGUUAUUUGGAGUUGGAUUUGUGGUCAAUGUUCAUUAUUAGAGGAUCAUAUAGAGGUUAAUGCUUCAGUCAAUGAAAAAUGUUACUUUACACAUGUAUUACUGUGGGUGAUCUACUCCAGGCAUUAACUGCUGCUAAGUUGUGUGUCAUAGUGAAAUGUAGCUAAAAGAUCUAAUGCACUGACAGAGUGGCAUUAAUAACAGUGAAUCAUGGUGCAGUGUACUUAUACCAGUUGAAGCAGUUGCAGAGUCUGUAUGUGAUGAGAGUUAGCUACAAGAAGAUGGGAAGAUUGAGAUAGCUGAUGUUGGUGAUGACAGCUUGAGGACAUUUAAUUUAAUCAGUCAGAUGCAAUGAAGUACAGUACAUCGUAAUUGUUUUUCUGUUGAACAAGAAAGUUGACAGGUGACAAUUUGAAUGUUUUCUCAGCUGAAGAUACAAUAAAUUUGGCAUGAAAAAGGUUUGUCGUAAUGAUGUAUUUGUUGUAUACAAUAAAUACCAUUUAAAAAUAUUGAUACAUAGUUUCUUGAGUGUUCUUCAUUGUGCUAAAUUAAGUGUACAUUAUAUUCAGUGCCAUCUUAUAUGGAUUUUAUUUGUAUCUAAUGGCCAGUUUUGGAAGAUGCAGUAUGAUGGUUGGUUCAUGAGCUCUACACGGUGUUGGUUGUGGGUGAAUAAUAAUUUUAUUUCUUGAUUGUGAAAUUUUGAUAUAUUUUUGUGCUCAGCCUUGGACUGGUAAUAUACAUACAUUUCCCUAGACAUCUACUUGAAAUGGUAGGUAGUUGCCCUAGAAUACUUGAUAUUCUAAAGUGCAGUACAAUUGUCUUGAUCCUCUACCUGUUACAUAAUUAGCACAAAGGUAAGUUAUAUACACUGUACUCUCAGCAGUUUUAAUAUCAUCCUUGGUUACAGUAAGUUUUAAUAGUUCUUGUUCUUAAUAACUCACAGGUCUAGAUAUUCUACAUACUGUAACUAGAUAUGUUAGAUGGCAUUUAAGUGGCUCACUUUAAGAAUACUGUACCAGAAAUGGCAUUAAAACUGUUUGCAUUUUAUUAACACCGGUAAGAAGACAAAAUUCACAUACAGAAUCUUUGAAUCUAGAUCCUGUUUUGUGUCACAGCAUCAGGGAAAUCUGUACAGUAAUCAGUUUUAGUUAUCAUUUUUAAUUAAUAUUUUAAAGGUACUAUUAGAAUUCUCUUUAUUUUCACCAUAAGAUGAUUUUGAGUUUGCAUUAUUAACAAGUAACAAGUGUUUUAGUUUGGUGCGCAGUGGGCUUGCCUCUUAUGCCAUUUCUAAGUACAAAUUCUGUUAUUUUUUUGUAUUUGGUUAGAAUACCUGUAUACCUGUACUGUAAAAAAAAAGUUUUAUUUACCAUUUUGUAUUCAAAUUGGGUACUGCAUAUGAUUUAUAGGGCUCGUAUACUAAGUACCAGUUAUAUCCAUGUUAUGUGAAAUUACAGUUCCAGUUGAAAUUUUAUUUAUCUUUACUAGUAAACAAAAAGAAGAAUGCCAUAUUUAGUGUGUUGUAAUAAUAAAUUUAUAAACUGAAAAAUAAUACCUGUACCAGUAGAUAGACACCUGACCAUAUAGUAAACAGUACGCACAGUACAUUAUUUGAAGCCUGUCUUUUAUUACAAAUUUAAUUAUAUUGGUAAAGGAUCAUCACAAAAAUAAGCAAGGGUGGGGGCACAUGAUAAAUGUUUACAGUACAGUACAUGUACCGUAAAUGUUGACAGCCUAUUAAGUUAGUGCAGUUACAGCACACUGAAUAUUGAAACUUCAGUUCAUAAGGAGGCAGUGUGGCUCGUUCUGCUUUCUGCUGCCUUCACUUUUUCAAGUUUAGUACAGAACCUUUUCACAUCUGGGUAGACUGUUGGUGGUGCCCUGGACUCUUACCAACAAACUUGAGGACAUGAGGGAAAUUCUGUUCCCACUCAGUGUGUAUUAAUGCAAAAGCAUCUUUAAACAAUAUUAGUAAAUAUUACAUGUUUAUUAGUUUAUUACAUUAAUGUUUAAACCAACGUGAAAUUUGAUACCCAUUAAAUAUCACUACCAUUAUCACCAACUAAUGUAUUUUUAAUUGUGGCAGAUAAGAAUUUUUAUGUACUGUACACUUGACAAAUUAAGCAUGGAAAGCCCACUCUCUCAACCCAUUGAGCAGUGAGUUUCAAAUUUCCUUCUGUAUCCAGGAUAAUGAGUUUUGGCAAUAGUAUUACAGUAUUUGAAAUUGUGGAACACCAAUACAGUAACACAUCAGGAACUAGUUUUUAAAAAAUAGGAGGAGUAUACCCUUCCUAUAUGACAUCUCAAUACAGUUUGAGGCAUGGGGUAAUGGUGGCAAGAUUUUUUUAGACUGCUUUUGUAGAUAGAUGGUAUAUGCUUCCACAAAAACCAUAAAUCCUGCCAAUUUUAAGUUGCAGUUGAAGUAUAAUAUGUGUUUACAAUAGUUUGGCCCACAAGGCCCAGGUAUGUCAAAUUAAGUACAGUACUCUAUUGUACAGUACUGCAUGGUACUUACUGCUCCCAGGGUUAAGCUCUUUGUGGUGAUCUCUUUAUAAAUAUUAUUAUUAAAUUUUGUUCAGAAACUUAAGUCCUCUUUAUUUCAGCCUCUUUUUUGUAUGAUCAAAUAUUUCAGCAGAGCUGCUGAGGAUGCAGUGAAGAGUCAUGUUAAUAGCUUGAAGAUCCUGCAAGUCGUAGGAAUAAUUUUAUAUGAAUGUUUAUGAUAUCUUUGCUUUAGUGGUAUGUACUCAAGUCCUUGUAUGGUUAUCUUGUGUUAAUUUUGUACAGUAAUCUAGGUUAGUGGAAAUUUACUUGGAUUUUCAGUUAUAAAAUGUUUAUGCAGUACUUUGAUGAUGCCAUUUGUAUUUGCAAUUAGUAAAAAUUUACACUUUAGUCUGAAACACUAUGUCUGUAUUGUGUAAAAUUUAUGAUUAAUACACCCAUACCAAAAUAUA